GAGAGAUGUAGACAGUAUAGGGAAACACUGCAGGAUUGCACCACAUCUUGUGGUUUUUCUGCAUGCAAGCAUUUGUUUAACCAGAUAUUGAAAGAUUUAUAGCAGCUGGUGGUGCCAAGAACAAAGCCAUGUUCAUCAAAAAUGCCAACCUACGAAACCCCCGUCGCCACUACGAAUUCUUUCUGCCAAGUCGACCCUACAGGGGGGAACCGCCGGCUGUGGCAGGAUUUCUGCUCUACCCGGACACUCCCACUAAAAUGGAGACCACAUCACAAGAAGCUUUCAGCCUUAGACCUGUCUCACAGCGAGACAGAGGCAAAGGAGAAAAUAUUACCCCCAACAUGCCACAGGAGUCCCAUCGUUCUCAUCCCACAUCCUCGGGACAAACAGGAAGCGGAAACAGCAGCAGAGACAGGGAGCCAGGGGAAGACAGGCAAGAGGACAGCCCUCAUCAGACAGCAGUGACAUAUGAACAAGACACAAUGGAGAUGCAGUCUCAGUAUCAGAAUGAUUUCCCUCCUCCGUCCUCCUGCCGCAGGAGGCGAACACCUGCCCUCCCACAGCCGGACAACAUCGGCAUCAACCCCGCCUUCAGGAUCGACUUCAGCACAAUGCAAAGAGAGCAUUACCCUGGUUGGCCCAUCAUGAAUCCAAGGUGUGCUGUGAGGCCAAGAGCUGCCUCAUCCAAACAGCCAAACAAGAAUACAUAAAUGUCAAAUACAGUCACAGUAAAGCUCAGAUUUUUACCAACUGCAGCAGGGGUCCAGUACCGUCAAAUGGCUAUCAGUACUCACAUAUUAUAGUCAUGUUAC